AACUUUACCUGGCACUCGUGCAUGGAGGCAUCUUAGCAUUCGAUCAGUAAAGUUUUUGAAAUUUAAUUAACUGUACAAGACAAUUGUUAAAUUGAACAUAGUAUAACUAAUAUGGCAUCUCCUAAUAAGCUAAGAAAAAUGUCGGGUGAGCAGAACUCUAAAGGAAGUCAAGGGGAAGCUAAUUUCUCCUACAGUUCUCCUACUAAAGGACUUUGUUAUACCACAAGUGAUGAUGAAAGCAUUUCAGAAGAUUCCAGUUCAUGUGAUGACUUCCCAGCAGAGUACAAAUGCAAGCUUUGCAAUUUAGUUCUUCACCGCAUUUCUCAGCUUAAGAAACACAUGCGAACCCAACAUGUAAGAGAAAUGCAUAGCUCUGAACAAAUGCCUUCUCAUUUGAAGGCUUUAAGAUGUAAGGCAUGCUUUAGAAAGUUCCAGAAUCCAAUUGCACUGCAGGCCCACUUACUCAAAAAACGCUUCUGCUUUUGGUCACUGACUCAGACUUUUUGGAGCAGAAAGAGUGAUGAAACCCAGGCUUGUAAAAUAUGUGGCAAAAAUUUGUUUACAACCCGAGCCUUGAGAAGGCAUUGCUAUAAAGACCUAACUUGCAAGUUGCAUUAUAUUCAGCAGGCAAUGGGAAGUACUGUCAGUUUUGAAAAAGUAAACGAUCAAAGCCAUACAAAGAUUAAGAGAUCCAACUCUACAUUUAUUGAAAUGCAGGAAAAUAAUGAAGAUAGCGUAUGUAUGGAUGGUUUAGCUUCAAGUACCCCCAUAAUAACAGGUAAAGCCCCUGGUAGUUCUACACAAUCUCAAGGAAGCAUGGUUUUACUUGCUAGCAAAGAGGUCUCCAGUAUAACCUCUAACUCUGUUGAGAAUAUUUCACAUAACAUAUCUUCAGAUGAGUUGACAGUGAACUCUUCAAGAUUGAAUGAAUGUGGAUAUUGUAAGCAAUCAUUUGAUAACAAAAGUGCUUUGAAACGCCAUAUUCUGACCCAUACAGUCUGCUUGCAUUUUUACGAAGACCCUAAGAGUGAAUGUCCAGUGGUGCUGAAUUUCUGCUUCAAGUGUAAGUUUCGGGCACAAAAUUCUUUGCAGUUCAAGCAUCAUCAUUGUAAAGGCAAUGUGCCCUACACUGAAGUAUGUGAGCAUUGUGAUGCAAAGUUCACUUCAUGGAAAAGUUUAAAAUUGCACCAGAACACUUCAAAUGUAUGCUCUGCCAAAAAGUCAGAAAAGCAGCAGAGUUUAAAUAGAACCACGCCUGUACCUAAAAGAAAACUGGAUUCUGACAAGAAAUUUACCUGCUUGCUCUGUUCUCAGAUAUUUUUAAAUUUCAAUUUGUUUCUUGAACACAGCAAAUCCCAUGAAGAAGAAGGCAAGUACAUAUGCUUUCUAUGUGAUCAGCUGUUCAAUCACUACAGCUCUCUUGUUUUGCAUCAUGUAUCUCACACAGAGCAACAAGAGCCUGCUACUAAUUCCUCCCAGCAUGAGCAAGAUACAAAUAACAGCCUAGAAGGCCUUGGUUCGAGACGUAAAAGGAUUGCUAAAAAGUUUGCCGAGCCUGAUAAUUCAUAUAAGAAAUAUUACAAAUGCAAGACAUGUGGACAAAAAUUUGAUUCUCUUGUUAAAAGAAGAAAGCACCUUUCAGCCAGUGUUCGCUGCAAAAUGAUUAAGCCUAAAGGCAUUGAAGAUGAACACCAAGAUGACUCCGAUCCAAGCACAGCUUUGUUAGCUCCUGGUUCUGCACCUUUGACCAAUGGUAAAGAUCUACACUCAACUAAUGAUGCAGGUAAAUGUCAAGAAGUUUUCUGCUUUCGCUGCAAAAAUGUUUUAAGUUCAAGCAAUGCUUUGAAGUAUCACAAGUGUAAAAACUCUAGGUUGUUAAAUUUAGAACUGUACUCUAAAGCAUCAUGGACUGAUUACGAAUGUAAAAUAUGUGACAAGACAUACCAAGGUCACAACCAGCUGGUUGUACAUAUGGUAAAGCACGGCGAGGAUAUGGGACUGUAUCAGCCAUCUAUCAAAAGCAUACCUACUGUAUUAAGCAGUUCUUGUAUAUUGUGUGAUAAAAAAUUAUCUCGCAGACACGCUGAACAACAUUUUCAAGAGCAUCUAGAUGUUAUUACUGAAGAGAUCUUAGAUGGCGCUAGCAGUUUAAACUGUGGAAUUUGUGGCCAAAAAUACUCAACUGGUCAAAUUUUAAAAGAUCACAUUAUGCAACACAAACCAUCAGAUAUAAUCUCUAAAAAUGGUAAAGUGGAUAAACGCAAUGUCCUUUCAAAGUUUCCUUGUCCUUGUUGUCGGCUGACAUUUUUAUCAUACCCAUCUCUUAAAGCUCAUGCAAAGCUUAAACAUAGAACUGUUUAUAAAACUAAACCGUACAUUUUUUCAUAUAACCCAAAGCAGUUAGAAGUUGCCCUGGACGCCGCCAAGGUCCAAGAUGGUCAUGGUGCUCAAACUAGUCCUAAAAGAGGUAGACCUCGUGGAAUUAGAAAGCAAUUGAUACCUAAAAGAAAGGAAAAAAAUGGCAUGAUUAAACUAUCUAAGCAUGGUUUGGUUGAAACUGUAGACACGUACUACCCACAAGCUGAACACACUGAUGAAUUAGACAAUGAAACUGACUUGAGUCUGUUGCUACCCUGGAGGGAGGUGAAGGUGUCUUGCCACUUAUGCCCCGCUACGAUUGCUGCAUCCUCUCACGAAAGCCACCUUAAAACACAGCACAACUUUCCAGUCUCAAAACUGUUUGGGUGCAAGUAUUGCCGACUGAAAUUCCCAUGGCAGAACGAGUGUAACAAACACACUGACAGAUGUCAGGCACUCUGUGAAUGCAAGAUAUGCAUGAAGCAAUUGAACUCACUCACUGGAAUUAAGAGGCAUAUUAUUAUUGCACAUUCCAUGAGCAUUAAGGAUUAUGAAAAUAACUUCUUGUCUGCUUUUAUAGAUGCUGGCAUGAGUAAGAAAGAACACCUGAGUAUGGAUGAGAACGAUUUCCAAAAGCACUGCCCUGUGUGCCAAGAGGUAUUUUCUAGAAACUCUUUGUACUUAGCUCAUUUGGAGAGCCACAUGUCAUCAGCAAAUUUGUUGAGUCCCCACAGCAGAAGUCUCAUUCAGCAUUACAACGACAACAUAAAUUACAGGCUUGAUGGGACGUCUUUAAACGCAUCUCUUGAUGGCGGAGCAUCCUUCAAUCCUGUCAUUAAAAAAAUAAGCUCGUGCGAUGAGUGUGAUGAACUCUCAUAUUCUGAUAUCAACAUGGAAGAUAAUUUGGCUGUUACUUUCAAAGAAAGUGACAAAAAAUAAUUGACGCUAGAGUUCAUUUUAAGUGUGCUAUUGUUUUUUAUGUGUACAAAUGUUGAACCAAGUUAUUGUCAGUUGUAACUGCGAUUUAAUUUCUCCUGAAAAAUGAAUCUUAAUUAGUUAAUUUUUAUCUGUUUACUAAAGCAGUCACCAAAAUUUUAUUCAAAUUAUGUUUGGCUGCAUCUGCAAAAUUUACUGCACUUUUUUCAUUAAAGCUAGACAAAGUGUUAGUAUUGUACAACCCAAAAUAAAAUCCCAAUCUCAGAUUAUCUGUGAUGCUUAUCAUUUUAUGCAAACUGUAUAUUUUUGGGUGAAAGUAUGAUUGAUUUCUGAAAAUUUCAUCUAGGGGUCAUCCAUCAAUGUCACGCUUUUUAAAAUUAUUUUUUACCUCCCCCAUUCCACAUUUUCACACACAUACACUUCAAAUAACUUCACACUUCAGUCUAUGA